AUGUGGAAUACAACACCAACCGGAUGUAAUAAUCCUUUAACCGUUUCAUCUAAUGCACGAGAACCUUAUCGUACAAUUACAUUAACUUUAUUACGUGUUUAUCCAAUAUUAUUUAUGUUUGUCGGUACGGCAGGUAAUUUAUUAUCUGUAUAUGUUGUUCUACGUUCAAAAUUACGACGUCAUUCAACAUUUAUUUAUUUGGCUUUUUUAUCUAUUAUUGAUCUUGCUGUUUUAUAUACAUUUUGUGUUAAUUUUAUACUUCAUGCUUGGUUUAAUAUAGAUUUACAACAAGUAUCAUUAAUAGCAUGUAAAAUUUACUCAUUUUCAAUUUAUUUUUUUCCUCAAACAAGUGCAUGGAUAUUAACGGCUGUUUCAAUUGAUCGUGUAUUUGCAUUAACACGUGGUGUUCGAAAAACUCGUAAAACAUGUCAAACAUAUUCUGUAUUAAUAUGUAUUUUUUUAAUACUUUUUUUGCUCAAUAUACAAUUUUUAUUUUAUGAUAAUACAUAUAUAUCAUCUUUACAAAAACAACAAAUAAAUGACUUUGAUUUAUCUAAUCAUAGUCAAGAGUUAAUAGUUCCAUUAUCAUCAUUUUCAUCGAUUUAUCGUAUUGUUGAUACAGAUAUGGAUAUAAAUGUAGUACAAUGUUCAUCAGAAUAUAGUGAUGAAUAUCAAAAACUUUAUCGUGAUGUAUGGGUUUAUAUUGAUGCUACUGUUAAUGUUUAUUUACCAUUUACACUUAUGUUUCUUUGUUCAACAAUUAUUUUUCUUAGCGUUUUACGUACAAUGGGAGAUGCACAUAAUUCAAAUAAACGUUUAGUUGCAAGAAAUUUAAGUACAAUGUUAUUAUCAAUAAAUGCAAUGUUUGUUAUAUUAACUGCGCCUAUUGUUUUUUAUUUAAUGUUUGAAAAACGUACAUUAGCAUCAAAUAUGAAUUUAUGUGAUACGAAAUUUAAAGCAAAAUAUAAAAUGAUUAAAUUACUUUUUAUUAUUUUAAUGAAUGCUAAUCAUACAGGUAAUAUACUAGUUUAUUGUUUAACUGGAACAGAAUUUCGUACACAAUUAUUUCAUGUUUUACAUACAUUUGGAUGUCGACAAAAUAGUAGUUUAAUGCAGGGACAUUAUUUAGCGAAUCGUACAGGAACAUUUAAUGAUUGUCGACGUUUAUCAGCUAUGGUUUUUAAUAAAGAUAGCGGGCAUAAUCAAUCACUAACAUCAAGAACAUCAAGUAGAAAACAAUAUCAUAAAAAUACUCCACCAUCAAUACAACAAAAAACUAAAAUAAAAAAAAUAGGUGGAAGUAUUGACGAUGAUCAACCGAAUCCUAUUUGUUCACAAACACGAGAAGAAGCUAAAUAUAUUUUAUCAACAAAUAAAUUGAACAACAAACAAUUAUCAAUAACUGCAAGCAUUUAA